UGAAGGAAGCUGACACUUCACGUGGCUCUUCAGAAGGCGCUGUGAGCUGCGGGGUCCAGGAAGGUUUUCUCAUUGGUGCCACCUGCAGACAGGAAAGCGGUGCUUGGCCAUUUGAGGAGGCUCUUGACAGUGACACAAUGACCAGAACGGAGGUCAGCGGGGUGGACUGAGGGCUGCCGCUGCCGCGAAGCAACAGAGGCUGGACGUGCUCAGCAGCUGGGCGGACAGAGGAGCUGCUCCGCAAUGGAGAAAUUUCAGGCUGCGAUGCUGCUGGGCAGUGUCGGGGACGCUCUCGGUUACAGAAACGCCCGCAAGGAGAACAGUGCUUCAGGCACAAAGAUCCAGGAGGACCUGCAGAAACUCGGGGGGCUGGACCACCUGGUGCUCUCACCAGAGAAGUGGCCUGUGAGUGACAACACCAUCAUGCACCUGGCGACGGCCAGGGCCCUCACCACAGACUACUGGUGCCUGGAUGACCUGUACCGGGAGAUGGUGAAGCACUACGUGGAAGUGCUCGAGAAGCUUCCAGAACAUCGAGCAGACCCCGCUACCAUUGACGGCUGCUCGCAGCUGAAGCCGGAUAACUAUCUCCUUGCCUGGCACACGCCUUUCAACGAGAAGGGUUCGGGGUUUGGAGCUGCCACCAAAGCGAUGUGCAUCGGCAUGCGGUACUGGAAGCCCGAGCGGCUGGAGACCCUGAUCGAAGUCAGCAUCGAGUGCGGCAGGAUGACGCACAACCACCCCACAGGCUUCCUUGGGGCCCUAUGCACAGCCCUGUUUGCAUCUUAUGCCAUACAAGGCAAGCCGCUGGAGCAGUGGGGGCGAGACAUGAUGAAGACGGUCCCACUGGCUGAAGAAUAUUGCAAGAAGACCAUCCGGCACCUGGCAGAGUACCAGGAGCACUGGUUUUACUUUGAAGCUAAGUGGCAGUUUUACUUGGAAGAGAGGAAGCUCAGUGAAGACACCGGAAGUCAAGCCGCCUUCCCUGACCAUUACGAUGCAGAGGAGAGGGACAAGACCUACAAGAAAUGGAGCUCAGAAGGCCGAGGGGGGCGACGGGGCCAUGAUGCCCCCAUGAUUGCCUACGAUGCUCUCUUAGGAGCCGGGAACAACUGGACAGAGCUCUGCCACCGGGCCAUGUUUCACGGAGGUGAGAGUGGGGCCACGGGGGCCAUCGCAGGCUGCCUGUUCGGACUGCUCCACGGCCUGGGCGCUGUCCCCGAAGGCCUGCACCAGGAGCUGGAGCACAGGGCGGAGCUGCUGCACCUGGGCGAGGCUCUCCACCGCCUGUCCACGGAGGAGAACCCCAGGAGUGUCAAGAUUUGCAGUAGUAAGACACCGGUUGAUGCCCAAGCCCUGAAGAAGAAGGUCAGCAAGGCGACCCGCGACCCCGCUGUCCGUGCCAUCCUCAGAAGCCUGCUGCUCUACAUCACCCACCGUGAGGACGGGCCCCAGGGGCUGCCUCCCACCAAGAGGACGGAGAGCAGAGACAGCCAGGGGAGCCGGAAGCCCGAGCCCCAAGACGCCAACCGGCGGCCCACGCGUUUCCAGCUUUUGCAGGCCAAGUUCAUGGGCACUGGCCGGGAGACCUGGCUCAAGAAGACCCAGGAGGUGGGAAGGCUGAUCUUCAAGGACAAGCAAGGCCCAGGCAGGAGCGUGGUGGCCACCACCGUCAACAAGCUCCUGGAGAAGACCAGGGAGGGGGCCGGCAGUUCCGCGGGGGGCCAGGAGCCCCUCGGCCGUGAUAAGCCCCGGGGGGGCCUGCCCGCCGGGAGAAACACCGUGAAAAACAUUCUGAAGAAGUUCCUGGCCGCAGAGGAGAAGGAGGCCGAGGAGAAGAGGCUGCGUGAGAAGCCCCCUGCGCAGCGGUCCAAAGCCGCCAGGGGCCUCCUGCCGAAGAUCGUGGGCAAGAAGGGCUCGGUCCUCGCCAGGCUGCGGGAGAAGUUCGAGCAGAGCGGGGGUCUGUGCUCGGAGGCCGGCGUGCUGCCGCUCCACACGGGGGAGCGAAAGAAGAAGAACCUGCAGCGGAAGAAGCUGCACCGGCCCGAGGCCCACGUGCUCUGCGCGGCCGCCGUGGCCAGCUCCUGCAUCAGGAUGCCCCCUGCCCGCUUUCUGGCCUGCUCGGCGGAGCCCAUGCCAGCCUUCAGCAUCGCCACCAUCGUCGGCGGCCCCCAGAGCUGGCUGUCCCACUGCGCCAAGAUCAGACACUCGGACCUGAGGCGCAUGCCCCCAAAGGAGACAGGCAGGCCCCCCAACGCGGGGGAGAUGGUGCCUGAUGGGACCCAAACACCAGGAAAGGGGCUGCUGGAUGGGGGGCCCCCCCAGGCCUUGGUAGCGCAGGCCGUGGCUCCCACCCUGACAGCAGCCUCCCUGAGUGCAGGGCCUGAGUGCCUCCCUGAGCCGGCCCCCUCGCCUGCCUCCCAGAGCCCGGAAGCCCCUCCUGGCCUGGAACCCAAGUUCUCUUUGCUCACACCAGCCAGCCCAGGGCACGCCAGGGUGUUGGGAGGUGACAGGAUGGAGGGGCCCCCAGCAGGCAUCACCUCAGAUGAUAUUCAGGGGGCGGAGGGGCCAAGGGCAGGCCCCCGCCCCGGGCCCCCAGGUGAGGGAGCAGAGGAGGCCCCGCAGGUGGACCUCAUGGUUUGCAGUUCGGAGGAUGAAACGGAAAGAGUGAUUUCAGACUCAGAGCAAGACCCCCUCUAUGCCGUCCAGGAGAAUUUUCCGGAACAGCCAGUCCCGGAACAGAUCCCACCACUCAGCGUGCCAGCCGCCCAGGCUGCCCGGCGCACCCAGCUGGCCUGCGAGCCUCCGCAGAUAACCGUCAGGCUCCCGGUGGUCCAUGAGAUGCCACUCCCUCCUGCCGCGCUGCAGGAAGCAGCGGGUCAUGCAGACCCACCGUCUCCUGUGUGGGGAGGAGAGAGCGAGGUUGAACUUGCACCCGCGCCAUUUCCCACGACGACGGGGAGUGAAAGCACCAAGGUGGCCCCGAUGGGAGCGGGCCAGCCUGCAGGGACGCCCAGGGGACUCAGCACCCCUUCUCAGCAGGACUCCCGGGCAGACCUGGCUCUCACGCCCCUAAGGGGUCCUGCCAGCAUUGACGGUGACACCCCAGAGGCAGCUCCGACGCUGAAACCUCCGACAAGUCCCGGCCGCGGAAAGGAAGACCAGCGCAGCUGUGGGAGUUCCAACAAACUCAAGGAUCAGAGGCGUGUUUCAGGACAGGCUGUGUCUGCGCUCGGGUCUGAGCAGCAUCCGUUGCCAGAAUCAGAGGGAAUGCCCGUCCGUGGCGAGGGCGCCCCAGCACGUCACUCCACAGCUCCGGAAACUCGCCCCACGGGAGACAGCCGCUCCGCACUGUGUGGUCAACAAGCGCCACCUCCCAACGACGGAGACUCGACGGGCGCCCCAACACUGCUGGCGGCACCGGCCGAGGACUGGGCGAGGUCUGAGCGUGUGACCACAGUGGGUCAGGACAUCCUGCGUGAGCGGGCAGAGCGCAGGGGGCCACCAUCAACUGAGUCCACUCAGCCCCUGCUGAUGGCUGAAGGGGGUGCCAGCCAGGAUGUUGGUGAGACCAGACCGACCUCCUUAAAUGAAGGCCCCCAACCAAGUAGCAAAGCCCCCAGACGAGGGGCAGCCACAGGGGUCACCAAGAGCCACACAGCACCAGCACCAGGGAACACCGUCGACCCCGAAAUCAGUUCUCCUGAACAGGGGAGCCCUUUGCACAAGAGAGAAUCUGGCUCCUCACCGACAGGUCACAGCCUUGUGGCAGAGGGUCUCGGCCAUGCACCCAACAGCCACCUCUUCUUGGCACCAGGAGGGCCCUCGAAGCCCCCCAGCAGCAGAGCGGCAGAGGGCCACGGCUGCGGAGCCCCGGGGCAGCGCCUGCCGGCGACCUCGGAGUCACUGACCGCGCUCCCACAGGAGGCCGCGGGCCCCCCACUCACGCCUGCCGACCCCGGCUUGGGGGUUUCCAAUGAGCCGGCAGCCAACAAAGCGAAUGCGGCAGCAGGAAGCCGAAAUACCGCGGCUGCCCAAGCAGGUCCUCAGGGGAAUGGCACGAAGUCCCCGGUUGCACCCUCACUUCACCCCACCCCGCAGGGAGGCAGCGUACAGGGGCCUCCGCGCCGCGGCUUGGACAAGCCCCCAGCGUCUCCUGAGGAGCAGCGGGCCAGGGAGGAGAAGCAUGUCGUGUGGGAAAAGCAGCUUCCUCUCGCUGUUGGCAUUCCCCAUCAGGUGCCCUCAGUGCCAUCGACAGGAGCAGAAGGGGCCCCCCAGACGUGUCCCGGCCUCCAGGCACACCUGCUGCCUGCAUCCCGCACACAAGCUGGUGUCCUGCUCGGCAUGGAGGUCAGAGAGAGGCCAGGGUCACAGGCAGGCCUCGGGGGUGGAGAGGAGAGGGUCUCAGGGCCUGUGGGGCCGAAGAGUCCUGGUCAGAAGGGAGUCCCUCCUUCAAGCCAGAAGACCCCCUCAUGUGGCUCCGAAGAGGCACAGACACAGCCCCAGGAUGACGUGGUGGGGAGUGACAGGGCGACCGCUGAUGUGGAGACUCCUUGCCGACACGCUGAGAAGGGACCAGAACGCCCCCCGGGGCAGUGGGUGCAGUCUGUAGAGGACCCCUCGGCGCAGCACGGCCUCCACACUGAAGAGCGGCAGGGGCGCCCAGCACAGGCCCAGGCCGGCAGGAUGGCACCCCACCACUUGGUGCGGCCCACAGGCAAUUCCUUGGCUGUGGCACCUACGUCUACACCAGGUGCCAGUGGGCAGUCCCAGAGACCAGCCCCCACGGGUGGCCAGGGGCCACCUGGAGUGCCACAGAAGGUGGGCGAACACUGUCUGCAGGUGGCCAAGAGCCAGACGUCCGUCCAUCCCGAGCCAGCGCAAGGCUCUGCAGUGCCCACGCCCAAGCCUGGGGGCUGCCAGACGCCCGGUGCCCCAGCCCAGGAGGGGCCCCCAGACAUCUCCAGGGCAGGAAGAAGCACAUUGGACCGAGAACAUCAGAGAAAGUCAGCACACUUCGCAAAGUACAAAGCCCAAAGCUUCUGCGACCAGAGGUCCUUUGAUUUGUCCUUUCGAGCCAAAGUUAUCAGGGCCAAUGACACGUUCGAACUUCCAAAGUGAAGCCCCCGGCGUCGGGACCACUGGCACGUCUGAUGCCUCCGUUUCUGCUCCUCACUCAGGUUGCAGGCUGUUUUCCUGCCUCCAAAGGCCCCCUGGACCAGUGGUUUCCUUUCACUCUCACAGUAACUGACCCCACGGCUACGGACGUGUUGCCUGAACGUGUUGUGGAGCCUGCCCCGUGUUCUCAGUGCACGUGGCUUCCCGGGAGCUGUGCACAGCGAGGACGAGGCAGGUGCCAGGCACACCAGGCCUUUGCCCACCGUGGAUCUGUUCCUUAUUUCACUUGAGGCAUCUCUACUUGGCGUUCGUCCAAGCACACACGUCUACCUUUUCACAGAGCCGUGCUGCUUUGGGCACUUAAAGGUUUGGUGCUGAACUUGGCAUGUGUCUGUCCUGGCUGCUCUUAGGGGGCUCCGCCAGCUCGGCCUUUGAGGGCACCGUCUCCUUGCGGGUUAUCGGCAGGCAUGGAUGUGGUGGGUCUCAGACCUCGGCCCCUGCCUCACUCAGACGCCACCAGUGCGUGUGACCUGGGCAGGGGAGUCGUGCGCUGAGUGCCUCGACUGAGGGCCCGUGACUCCAACGCAGACACCAGUCCUGACACAUUCUGGAAUGAGGGCUAAGAGCUCUGGUUUGUCGCAGCUUCUCCCGGGGGAAGAGAAUCUAUCUUUACCUUCUUGAUGACGGUCAGGAAGGUGGAGUGAGGACAUUGGGAUCCGGGCUCUGGCACACCCUGUUCCUGCACCUGGGCCCAGCUGGGCCGGAGCGGAACAGAUCACGGGAAAUACUCGAGUGACAGAGGAAGGCGAGGCUGCAGCGCGAUCGGAAGGUCGUUCUCAGCACCGUGUUUGCAGGUGCACGAGUCCAAGGAAGCUUUCGUUUAGAAACUGCUGUGGUGAGGAAAGCGCAAUGUCACACCGUCUUCCUCAGUCACCACAGCAGCCUCCGGGGUCUCCGCGUCCUGCUGGGACGCUGGAUGGCACUGCGGCCAGUGACGGGGCCGCAAUGCUCUCUCGCCCCACACUGCUCUCCUGAAAAGCACAGGGGCGUUUCCUACCCCUGCCCGCGACGUUCUAUUAUUCUAAUUUAUCUUUACUCACUAAGACAAUGCCUUUUCUUUCUUUUUUAAAAAAUAUAUAUUUUAUUGAUUUCUUACAGAGAAGAAGGGAGAGGGAUAGAGAAUUAGAAACAUCGAUCAGCUGCCUCCUGCACACCCCCUACUGGGGAUGUGCCCACAACCAAGGUACAUGCCCUUGACCGGAAUCGAACCUGGGACCCUUGAGUCUGCAGGCCAACGCUCUAUCCAUUGAGCCAAACCGGUUAGGGCAACAAUGCCUUUUCAGUCCACAAUAUUUGAACAUUGUAUAACAGUAUAAGGGAGGAAAUAAAAAUCACCCAUAACCACAUUACCUUAAGAUGAUUUUUGUUACUACCCUGGACUGCUUUUUCUCCAGACUUUUCCCUCGGCUAUUUUUUCCAUAACACAGACGCACGAGGAGCCACAUCGUGUGUCCAGUUUUAAGAUUUAAUGUCACAGGGCACGCACUUUCAGGGGCCGCGGAGUGGUCUUUGAACCCUAAUGCGUGUGCGUCUCAGGUUCUGUGGACACAUGUGUGCCCCGGGUUUUCAGCAGAAGCGGACACUGUGAGCCCUCACUGCCCAGCACAUGCUUGUCGGUGCUAUUCUCUUGCAGAAGAUGGAUUUCUGUGUUUUGAAGACUUCUUGAUGUUUGCUGCCGGAUUUCUGUGUUUUGAAGACUUCUUGAUGUUUGCUGCCUUUGCCUCUGAGCAAUGUUCUAGACUUUUCUUCCCCGAGAAGCCUCCUUCAUGUGUGCUGCAACCUCUUUAUUCUCCGACUUGAAUGUUCAUUUACAGGAGGGUUUCUUAUUUUAUUUUAUUUUUGUUGUUGUUGUUGUCAAUCUUCACCUGAGGAUAUUUUUCCCAUUGAUUUUUAGAGAGAUUGGAAGGGAGGGAAGGAUAAAGGGAGGGAGGGAGGGGGAGAAAGAGAGAGAGAGGAGACGUUGAUUGGUUGCCUCCCCUGCGCACCCAGACUGGGGCUGGGGAUUAAACCUGCAACCCAGUAUGUGCCCUUGACCCGGAAUUGAACCUGAGACCCUUCGGUGGGCAGGCCGAUGCUCUAACCACUGAGCCCACGGGCCAGGGCAAGAAGGGCUUUUUUUAUUUAAGCUUUGGUUGGGUGCUUAGGAAGAGCUGGGUUUGUCCGUUUUCACCCCGUCCAUGGUGAGGUCCAGGUCGCUGUGGUGUCUCCUCUCAGCAGAGGUCAGCCAGAUGUGACGGACACGCAUGGUGGCCAAAGCGGCACUGGGCUCGGUGAGGCUAGGCAGGAAGCGUGAGGUCUGCACACCCAGCUGGGCUUUGUCCAGGGGCGGGGGUCAUUUCCUGGCACCCUCGUCCCGCCAAUCAGGCAAUUAACUUAAAAUCAGGCCGAUUAGAGACUCUCACUGCAGCGUCAGGUGGGCCUGAGAGCCCCACGGGAGCUGAAGGCGGAUUAAGGCGCUGGUCUCCCUCGGUCACCCCUCAGAGGGCUCCGCUCCGUGGGUUGCUCCUCUGUAAAGCAGGGGCCGUGCCCCGGGUUCACCCAGGAGGGUGUGUGCCUGGUUUGCUUGCUGUAGCAGCAGGAGGCGGUGUGGGUGACAGUCACCUACAUGGGUGGCGCUGCCCCGUGUCUAGUGUCUGGGCAUCUGGAUGAGGAUCCCCACCUCUGGGGGGAGGGGAGGCCUUGGGGAGACACCUCUCUCACUGCCUUUCGCUUCCACUUGGAGCUGAGGGCUGGCCAUGCACAGGACCGAAGCCUCUGGCUCUGGUGUCAUUCCACCUCCACCGGGCAGUCGGGGUGCCCAUUGUCUCAAAGAGCACAGGCUACGGAGAUCCAAGGUGUCCCUGCCCCAGGGGAAGGCUGCAGGGAGACUGGGGUUCAGCUUCUCAGAGCUGCAAAUCCAGGAGGCUCAGGAGACAAAUACAUACUCAGGUCCCAGCAGAGGCCCACAGCGGCGGGGGCUUUUGUCAGCCCCAUCGCCCACACCUGCUCACACCCAGGGGCGUCUUUGCUAGAGCUGGGAAGGUGACUUCCUGCUAAUGCACCUGGGGGGGGGGGGGGGCGCCAUCUUGUUCGUUUUCUUUAUUUGUCCUCUGUUUCACAAAGGAUUUAAAGCAAUGUUUGGCAAAGAACUUGAUGACCGACAGAGGAGAUAAAAAUAUUCUAUUUACUGGGUGUUCCCUUUUUAAAAUAAGAAGCAGUGGAGUUUCGACACUAUUUUUAAAUAGGCCAGAAAGCCCGUUGGAGAACGAACUGAGCGGUAUCGUUUUAAGUGGUGGGGAAAAAUGAUCAGAAUCUCCUCCGCGCUGCGGCUUCUGAGAAGUCGUACACGGAGUUCCUGUGGACACCUGGCAGGCGCAGGGCGCGUCUCCGACCCGGCCAGCAGGAGGGCCCUGGCUCUGGUUUCACCAAACACGGUUCAGGUCAGGCUGCCCUCCACGCCGCUGCUGGAGCCGCUCCGUGGGAAAGAAUCGAGUGACUUUUCAUCAGGACUUACUAGUGGUCAGUGUGCAUUCACAAUACACUUGAAGCAAGAGUUUGCAGUGCAGACGUGGCAGCCGUUUCUGCCAAAGAAAGACCCAGGAGGCCUCCUGGGUUGAAAUGAUUCUUGCAGGAGGGUGGUGGGCAUCUUAAAUGAAACCCACAGUAAACAUUUGUGAACUUUUUAGCUGACCCACUUGAUUUUGCACAUCUGAGUAGCUUAUCAAGUUACACCUCACUUCAGAUUUUUACAGCUCCUUGUACUGUUUACAGACUCAUCUGUGAGCCACACCUAUGGUAUGUACCUGCAGGGGAGGGGCGGCUCCCAGAGGAAACUCCUAUGAUGAAGAAACACAUGUAUUUUAGACGCUCUGUCAGGAAAGUCACUGUUUAGAAUUUUAUGAAUUCAGCACCACUUCCUUAUUUUUUUAUUUUUUAACAAGGGCAUCUUUGCCGUUUGAGUUACAAUCUUUUAAUUAUUGGCUUAUGUAUUAACCCGCAGCUCAAUGUUCUUUGUUUUAUUCUCCUUUGUAUAAAACUCUAAAAUGGAUUCAUUAGAAAAAAAAAUACAAAAUAUAUUUUGUUGUAUUCUCUUUUGAAUUUUUACUAACUUUAUCCAGCUGGAAAUAAUAUCAAUAAGAUAAAAUUUUAAAAAAAU